GAGUAUAAUGAUACCUGCAACAGGCUCAAUGGCUUGUGGGAUAAGGCUAUCUCGGAGGCAACCGAGCAGAGGAGUUUUUCCAAGCUAUGUGAAGCUUUGAAGGUUGAUGAGGAGGAGCCUCUUCCACUACAGGGAGUACCCGAUAAGGUCCAAUGGAGGUUUGGUAUGAUUCCUUAUGGAAAUAAUAAUCCGGACACGCAGCUAUUCCCAACCCCAGAAGAGGAACAGCCUGCUGGAGCAUACCAGUUUAUGGAUCCGUCGAGUUACGGUGAUUACAUCGAACGUAUCGAUAACAAACCCAACCCGAUUCGAAAGGCAAGGCAUUUAUUCACUAGUGCUUACAUGCCGCCAACGAAAUAA